CUCAAAAUCCAUCUGAAAAUUUCCCUCAAAAACACUCACUCUGCUGAAUAUAUGGCGCCAUAUCUCUAUAUACAUAGUACACUCAUCUCUCUUCCCCUUCCUCAGCUUACUCUUCCUCUCUUAACCCUACCCCCACAUACAGAGAGAGGGAAGAAAUGGCAGAUCAAGAGAAUUUUGUUAGGGUUACAAGAUUGGCUAAGAAAAGAGCAGCAGAAGCAAUGGUUCAGCAGUUGCAACAACCCAACAAGAAGAGAGUUGUGUUGGGUGAGAUUCAAGAUUUGUCUAAUGAGGGUAUUAUCAAAUCUAGGAAGACUAUUAAGAGGAAGGUGAAAAGAUCUGUUGCUGAAAAAGAUAAGGAAUUUGAUGUUGAUGUUAAUUUGGAUGAUGAUCCUCAGAUGUGUGGUGCUUAUGCUUCUGAUAUUUAUGAUUAUUUUCAUCAAUUAGAGAUUGAGAAAAAGAGAAGACCAUUGCCUGAUUACCUUGAGAAGGUUCAGAAGGAUGUGAGUGCAAACAUGAGAGGGGUGUUGGUCGACUGGCUGGUCGAAGUUGCAGAGGAAUACAAGCUUCUAUCGGACACGUUGUAUCUUACUGUUUCACACAUUGAUAGAUUCUUAUCAAUGAAUGUCAUCCCUAGGCAAAGACUUCAGCUUUUGGGUGUUUCUUCUAUGCUCAUCGCUGCAAAGUAUGAGGAAAUCAAGCCUCCACAUGUCAAGGAUUUUUGUUACAUUACAGCCAAUACGUUUACGAAGAAAGAUGUUGUGAAGAUGGAGGCUAGUGUGCUACAAUCCCUCAAAUUUGAAAUGGGUAGUCCCACAACCAAAACAUUUCUCCGACGAUUUACUAGAGUUGCUCAAGAAGAUGUCAAAAACCCUGAUUUGCAGUUUGAGUUUCUCGGCUACUACCUAGCCGAAUUAAGUUUAUUGGAUUACAACUGCGUGAAGUUCUUGCCUUCUUUGGUAGCUGCUGCUGUGAUAUUCCUUUCAAGAUUCACAUUACAUCCAAAGGCACAUCCUUGGAGUCUGGCCCUUCGACGUUGCUCGGGAUAUAGAGCAGCAGAUUUGAAGGAAUGUGUUCUUAUCGUACAUGACUUGCAAUUAAGUAGAAGAGGAAGUACUUUAGCAGCUGUGAGGGACAAAUACAAGCUGCAUAAGUUCAAAUGUGUGUCAACAUUGUCUUCUCCUCUGGAAAUACCGGAUUCAUUCUUUGAAGAUACUGUGUAAUCAUUGGAAAAAUUUGGCAUGAGACGUUACGAUGAUACCUGGAAGAGAUGGAACUGCCUUCUUGAUGCUGGCUCAUGCUAUUUAAAGGACUUAACUUUAGUAGAUAUGCAAUAAUCCUUUGAUGUAUGAAAGUUAUAGAUAUAGUGUUGUAAUGUCUCUUCAUGUUUAGAGCCAUGGAUAGUAAAAAUAAAUGUUUGUUGUAAGUUAUAAUAAGGUGGAAAUAACUCUAGAAAACUAUAUAUUAUAUAUGAAAAGAUAUGGAUGUAUACAAUAUUAUUACCUUCAUUUGCAAGUACUAAACCCCUAUUGCAAUUCUCUUUGGUUCUUGUAUGUAUUGAAAAUACCUCUUUGUAACA